ACCUGCUCAUCGCACCGGAAGAACCGACUCGGCGGGGAUGGAGAAGUUUUCAAAGUACAGGGACCCUGCAACUGGGAUUCAGGUCUUCCUGACGCCGGUGCCGCCUGCUGGCUCCAGCUCAGCAGCAACGUACCUGCUAUCGCCGCUCACCCUGGUCCUCGCAACCCUUCGCGCUGCUCUUCUGAUCCUUGUGGCCGCCUUAUGGAGUCUCCUCAGCGUCACAGUGGGGGCAACCUCAGUCUCAAUACGUGGGGGGAUCAAUAGCAUCCUAGGACGAAUCUCGCUCCUUGCCCUUGGCUUCACAUCAAUCCAAGAAGAGAUCGUCUCUCUUCGCAGCCGAGGCCGGGCGUCUGCUUCUGCAGUCAUCGAAUCCUCUCGCUUCGAUCCAAAGAAGGGGGACGUCAUUCUCUGCAACUGGUCUUCCUGGGUCGAUGUCCUCUAUCUGGCUUCGCGUUUCAAUCCCAUUUUCCUACAGCCCAUCGUGACGAUCAACUCGGCGCUGGAGCAUGCAGAGGCAUCCUCUCAAUCAAAUUCUCGAUCGUCGGCGACACGGAGAAAAAACGCGACGAAGGGACAACAGUACCACGAUAUGUCCUCGCAUUCGCAACCGGCCGAAGAAACCAAGCCGCCAUCUGAGCGACUGCUCGGAUGGAAGAGGGCGACAGCGCUCCAGAUGGUCGCACAAGCCGGCCAAACGCCCACUGCGGGGGACAAGAGCGAAGCUAGCGAACUGGAAGCGAUUCUCAAGCAAGUCGAUCGGCCGAUCGUUAUCUUCCCCGAGCUGGUCACAUCCAACAACCGCGGGAUUCUCAAGUUCGACACCAGCGUCUUUCCCCAUUCUUGGCGCUCACUUUACAAAUACACUGGUGCACUGCGAAUGGGCAAGGGCCAACCGAACAUCUUCAUCAUGUCCAUCAGGCAUGACGCUCCAACGCCGCUGACGCCGACGUCCACGCUAUCGGUGCCCAGCACCUUUGCAUCACCGUUGCCUCACAUUCUUUCCAUGAUAGCCACGCCGUCUCUGACGCCCAGGACCCUGUCUGUGAGAAAGCUAGUCGGAGAUGAGAGCCCCACAAGUCAGACGUUCGUUGCCGAUGCGGGCGCCUCGAUGCAGCAGCGUGAGGGCGCACUCGUCAACAAGUGCGCGGAGCUGACGAGCUCACUCUCGCGGCUCAGACGGACAGGCCUUGGGUGGGAGGACAAGGAGGGCUUCCUGUCGCUGUACAGGCGAUGAAUCUACGUCGAGAUAGAAGGCUGCCUUAAGCAGGUCGCCAUCGAACCUUGUGCCCCCACGGAGAGCGCAC